AUGAGUUUAGUGAAAUCGUUUGAAUUGGCUCUUAAACAAAAUGAUGUUCUAUCUAAAGUGUUACCUAUAUUGAAAUUCAUCAAUCAGACUAUUCCUUUUCCAUAAAAACAUUCUUUGAUUCAUGAACCUAGAGUAAUUAGAUAUUUGUUAUAAUUGCAUUGUCAAAUACCAGAUACAAUAGAUAUGAUAUUAAUUUCAUUACUAAAUAUAUUCAAACAUUCCAAAGAAUGGGUUGAUGGUUGUUUUAAAGCAAUAGAAGAAUAUGCUUAACUUCCAAACUAGGGAGAUGGAAAAUACAUCGCUCUUGAAUUUUUAGAAACUGUUUUAACAGAAAUCUCCGAAUUAGAGUAAUCAAAUUAACAAUUAACAUUAGUUUUGACAUUGAUGAUAAAUGUUAUGCUUUUAUUAUAUUGCUUUAACAUGCAGAAAAUGAAAAAUUGGUAAGAGCUAUAAUGAAAAAAGUAGGAUAAAUCUAAUAAUAAUUAGGUAGUAGGUUGAAAUCUGCAAAUCAACUAAAUUAACUAAUUGAAGAAAGUAAAUAAUAAAUUUGAUUAAAGAAUAGCUGUAUUAAAAUUAUAUCAAGAAGAGGUUUAAAAGAAUACAGAUGAUAAUCAUUAUUAAAAUGUAGCCAUUGAAUUAUAAGAAAAAGGAAAUUAAACAAGAAAAGGUUCAAAACCAAAAAUGUCAUUAAUGGCUAUGAAUAUUCUAUAAUCUUAAGCUUUAUCUUCAAAGGUUCCUUCGAAGUAAUAAAUCAAUAAUAAUCAUUUAAAUAAUAGCAAUUCUUAAGAUUCAAUCAAAGGAAAUGAAAUAAAUUUGGAUGAAAUUUUAAUUUAAAAUAAACCUAGAAUUGAUUCAGAUUAAAGUGAGUAUUUAGCUGAUAUUGAUGCAUUAUAAAAUCUAUUUGCCUAUAUUACAAAUCCAAUAGCAACAGAACCAGGAUUAAUAUUUGCAACAGAUUCAUUAGCUAAUGAUAUUUAAUAAUAUUGUGAAGAUAAUUAUUAUAAAUAACAUGUUAUUAAACCUGAUAAAUUAACAACUCUAAGAUCAUAUAAAGCUAUGUUAUUUUUAACUGAUUAUCAUAAUCAUUAAUUGAUUAUGCAAAUUAAUCAACAUACUAUGUAAAUUGCUUGUAAUUAAUUAAAUCUAUUUUAGUUCGAAGCAUCUCUGGAUUUUUUUAAAAUAGUUAAUCAAAUGGUAAUCUCAAUCAUAUUAUUGGUCUUCUCCAAUUUUAUUUAAAGUUCGAGAUGAAAGAAACUGUUUACAAUUUUCUUUAUUUUCAAUUCCAUCAUCAAUUUUUAGAUUAUCUUUGUAUUAUCAAUAUUUAUUUAAUUAGAUAAUCCUCAUUAUAUUGAUUUUCUUAUGCGUUUUUUGGAUCCUAACUAUUCCAAAAUUCCAUAAGAUUUAAGGAAUUAUAUUUGGUAGUUCUUAAAUCGUUAAGGUUUUAUAACACUUUUGGUUAGUAAAAUUAUUAAUAAAGAAAAAGAAGGAGUCUAUCAUAAAAGAAAAGAUAUUACAAAAGAAGCAUAUUAAUUCUUAAAAAAUAUUAAUGAUUAUAAAUUACAAAUAAUACAAGAUGAUGAUUAAGCUGCAAUUACUUAUUCUAUUAGCAGUAAUAUUGAUCAAUAUUUGGGUCCUUUAAUUCCAGGCAAAACUUUAAUUUAAAAUAAACAACUUUUAGAGAGAAAAAUGCUUUUAAGUUAAAAUUUAAGAAGAGGAACAGACUUAUUAAACUUAUCAAGAUAAAUAAAUAAAGUUAUUAUUUAAGAAUAUAUUGAUUUAUCUGAAUUAAAUUAAUAAGGCAAAGAUAUUGAUAGAUUAUAAGAUGUAGUUCAAUUUUAUAAGGAAAUUAGUACUCCUGCUGAUACUCCUACAUUAUUCAGUGUAUAUAGAUAAGCCUCAGAAGGAGUUAAACAUAUUUAAUUUGAAUAAAGAUCAUAAAGAUCCUAAGCUACAGAACCUCCUUUAAAUCUCAUCUAAAUGGCUAAUUCUAUUAAGCUUCCAUCUUUAAACAUAUAACCUACAACUAUUAUAACAGAUUUAACAACUUCGAAAAAUACUUAAAGAAAAUAAAAAUCUAUGACAUUUUCUGAAAAUAAUCUUGUUUAAACAAUUAGUAAAAGAUCAGAUUAACCAUAAUAUAUGAGUCUUGUUGGAGUUAAUGGUAAUUAUUAUUAUUAAUAUUAAAUUUAGAUAAUAGUUCAACAUUCAGAUAAAUUAAUAUGAUAUAAACACCUACAUCUUAGGCUAAAUUAUUUGUUUAUUAUCCAAAUUAAGAUAAUAGUGUUGUUGAUACAAUUAUGAAAGAAGAAUAUUAAAAAUAUGAAGCUUCUAAUGAUGAAACAACAUCAUUUAGAAAUAGUAAUCUAUUAAAAACAAUAGUUUAAUCAAUGUAAAAUUUUGAAUACCAUUAUGCAUUUGAUGAACUUAUAGAUGAUUAGUAUGUUUUAUUUGAAAAACUACUAAAUCAUUAUUCUCUUACUUAAACAGCCUUAUUUUAUAAUUCAGAUGAAGAUAAUAGUUCAAAUAAUUGUUUGAUUAUUCUAAUUGAUCUAAUCCAAAGAAUUAAUAAAAAACCUAUGAAUGAAAAAUUAACUAAAAUUUAUUUAACAUAUUUACCUAGAAUUUGUAGGAAUUUAACUAAUCUACAUAAAAUGUAGAAUGAAAAUAUUUAAAAGUAAGAAUUCUUUUCUAAAUAAAAAAAUUAUUUAGGAAGUGUAAGAAUAUUUAGUACAAAAAUUAUUGAUUUAAUUUUAAGAAACUUUAAAUAAAGAAAUCAUAGAAUCUAUUUAAAGCUAAAUGAUACAUCAUCAUUUAAUUUAAAUGAAUAAUUUCAUCAAUUACCUAAUCCUUUUUAUUAAUAAAUUUUUUAUUCUAUUAUGAAAUAGCUAUGUUUAUAUGCUUAAGAAAAAUAAGUUUAAGCUAUUUUAUUUAAAGCUAAUCUAUUAGAAGGAAUUAGUUAAGCAUUCCAUAAAAAUGUUGUAAAUAAAGUAAUAGUAAAGUAAGGAAAUGUGGAAGUAUAUUUAAUCUAUUUAGCUUUGCUUAGUUAAUUAAUUAUUUUUGUUUAUGAACUAAGAGAGGAUUUACAAACCUAUAGAACUUCUUUAUAAAGAUUGUAAUGUUUUUAAAAUUUAAAAGAAGUAUUAGAAAUGUUUAAAAAUAAUAAAUUGAUUUAAUAACAAGCUUUAGAUAUCUAAAAUUAACUUUAAAAGAAAAAAUGA